AUGGUGGAUUUUGAAGUUGGAAGUCCAAAUUCUAUAAGCUGGCUCCUCGAACGGUCUAAGCGGUAUGCGAAGUGAACAGACAUAUUCUAUUGCAUUUUGAAAUACUGUGACGUUAGGCAGGCAUCACGCUUUUGGGUCCUUGUAAGUCAGAAUGGAAGCUCCGCCUUUCGUUUGUAUCUUUAACAGUUUUGCUUACCUUACUUGCUAUUGGGCGCAAAUGUGAGACCUAUUCUCUCUAAGCACAUAAAAUCCUAGAGAAUUAUUAUGAGAGCAAAACAAGAUGACUAACUUAUUAGUCCGGAGUAGCCAAUCGUACCUGAGCUCAGAGCUUAGCAGAACCACGUGUGGUGUUCUCCAAUCAGGUCAUGAGAUAUGACAAUGGAUGGUGUAACAGAAGGACUGGAUUUCAAUCUAGGUAGUGAAGGGAAUUUUCAACGUAAUAGUAAUUUGAUUUGUCCGGCAAAAGGUCCUAAGUAUGCUAAGAACCUGACCCAAUGAAAUUUCAGUGGCCUGAGCUAUCAUGUGAAUAUAAAACAGGUGUGCGUUCAAGUCGAUAAGUAUAGGGAAAAGCAUGUUCAGAUUUGCGAGGAAUCAAGGACGGUUGCCGUAAGACCUUCGGACGCAGGUCAAAGAUGCAAUUUUUUGACUAACCGACUAAAUUUGGAAUUACAAUAUUUUCGUAAAUACUGUUUUCAGACGGCCAGUUAGGACAUGCAGGGCAGUGUUGCAUGAGCAAUACGUUGUCGUAUUAAAUGUAAUUCUAACUUCAAACCCCUUUUUCGCGCCAUAAGCGAGUAGUCUUCUUUUUGCACAUAUGCACAUAAACAAGGCAGACAUGCAUGUGUCUGUCGAGACCAGUUUUUACGAUUUGAGGUUUGUUUAUGCAAGAGCCAUAAACCAUUAUUUAUUUUGACGAGGUCUCCGUACUCAUCGUUAACCGGACUUAAAGCGAACCCCGGUGGCUCCGCAGCUUAAAGCAAUAAUGGUUAUUAUAGUUUAACAGUUAGCUAUGGGCUCGUAGAUAUCCUUGACUAACUGCACGCUCGGAUGAUGUAAUGGUUCUCUGAAAUCAGCUCCAUCCUACUAGGUAAGCUUCCGUCUAAGCACCCACACACGUGGGCAUGAAUUAAGAAACUGAAUGCAGACAAAUGUGCCCUACGCGGCAGUUUGACCUUCACCGGCGACGACUUCCAACAUGUGCUCCACGGAGUGGGCCCAGUACUGGUGUGUUGCGCAUGAAUUAGCUUACGGUGAGGGAGAUUUCUGCAUCAUCUGCCGCCCUCGCUCACAAUCUCACUUACAAGGCCUCGACGUUAAGGUGGUGUGGGUGUGGCCGGAGGUAGCCGCCACUGCAGUGGCCGGCAGAGCGGAGCAGAACAUCUACGCGCGCCGUACACGCGCUAGCCCUAGCUUCGUGGGCCAGGUUUCUGUGGGGACCUCCCGACCCUCAACCUGAUGAGACUGUCAUAAAGACCACCUUAAAAGAAGCCAUUGUGCCCCGGCCCUCAGUCUCAAAAAGGGCCGAAUUAUAUCGUGCAAGCGUUUAGCACGUCGUGAUAGUUUCAAACUGGGUCAGACCGUUCCUGUUAAGGAAGUGUGCUAGUUUGACGUAUUGGCGGGUUCUCUGGAGUCGGCCGCAUUUUUUCUUCCGAGUCCAUUAAUUAGCCUGUAACUGAGGAACGUGCAGUGGCCAAAGUGGAGUGAAGGUCGUCUAAGCCGUGUCAAACGCCUGCACGGCAGUAGUUAUGAGCGCGCGCGCGGUCCCUGCACUGCCAAAUUAACGCGCAUCGCGAUUCUACCUGACCCUCACUUGGGUUUAGCGCAUUUGCAGCACAGUUGGUUGUCGGCUACAAGUAUUAACUAAGAGUUCAAGCACGUGUUUUGUUAAUAUUAUUGUAAUAGACUUAUCAGUACGAUCUCUGUCGCCGACUAGCUUUUCAUCACGCCCCAACGCUUGUGCACAUACCAUACAGCCUAUAGUCAUGCCCGUCGCGCACUGCAUCCCGAUUCUUGCGAUGCUUAUGAGCAGAACGACUAGGGGAGGCUUUGACGCUUGUUAUCCACAGCAAUCCUAAUGCUCCGGCUCCUAUAUAUGCCUUAUUUCAGCCGUUUGUGCGCCCUCCUUGUUAGAGAGUGUCCGCCCAAGUCCACCACCGUGAGAUGAGAUGUAAGAACGCGUUACUAUGGUGGAGUCUUGAAGAAGGACACACGAUCGCUGGGACAAGGGCUUUAUUAGCCUCAAGUUUCGGGUUCCUGCUUGAACCCAUCAUCAGAGACAAAAGCAGAUAGGCGUGAUUCAUGCACAAGGCGCUGCAGUAUUUGCAGGAUGCAGUCGUCAUGCUACUGCAUACCUAUGAAUAUUCACGUCAGGCUAAUAAAGCUCUUGUCCCAGCGAUCGUAUCUCCUUCUUCAAGACUGCUUUCUGGGACCCCCCUCUUCGCUUCUAUUGUCGUGGAGUCUGCCUGUAAAUUUAACUAAUCUUCGUUCUUAGACAAGUUUACAUUUGCUCUACUCCGUACUUCGUAUGCGUCUCUGCCGUGGAUGCAUAGUUAAGGAACUUCUAUUUUAAAAGUUCUCUUUAUUUCCGCCUACAAACAUCCCGCCUUUUGGGCCCUAAAUUUUGUUUCUCAUUGAUGUUGGGUUUCCAACUGACUGGUCGAAUUCUGUCCCAUCAUGAAAAACAAACGCAAUUGAGAAUGGAGAGAAAGCGUCGCGUCUGACGCGUGUACCACGCCGAAUCACUUUUUCUACCGGUCGUAGCCUGCCUUGAGCAACUGCCCAUAGCAUUGUGCGCCGCCGCAUGACGGUUAGGUGAUCGUGACGGCGCACGUUUGCACGCAUGUGUGGACUGGUGAAAAAUGACAUCGCUUUAGCCUGCCAGUCCGCACUUCGUCUGAANCACAGCCCCUUUGUCUGAAUGACCGUUGGCCCACGAUAUACUACUGGCUGCACAUACAGUCUAAUGCAAUGGGAUAAGCAGACAUUCUGCCAACAUUUUCGACCCUGGGUCACUGUUAGCUCUGACGCGUAGAGUCCGCGGCGUACGGAAGGCCGGAUCUCAGGUGUAGUGAGAUAAUUAAAAAUAAUCAAGUCAGAAGGGCAUAUCCACAUCUUCUUGACGGGUAUUUUUAACAAAAUUUGACUGCCCGCUUUGGACGCGAGUACACCUUCUCGGCAACAUCUUCACCACUUUACAGACCUGGCCAAUGCAGUAGUUAGAGUCCGAGGAAUCAUUCUGAAAUAUCUGAUCCAAACGCAAGCCUCUAGAAAUGGAUCCAGACUUGACCACCUAUCAAGAAACCAUAUGUUACCCCUCCAGUCAAGGUCACUUUUGCUGCAUCCUCCCAGUGCUUUCCGUUGCAAAGAAUUCGGACCAUCAACCAUGUUUGACUUCACUAAAUAAUUCUUCCCUCUCUCCACCUCAUCCUUCCCAUAAAGGUCGUUGACUGUUGUUUUGAUCUCUGCGGAACGCCCGAUCUCGAGUCAAUGAUCGCGUUUUGCGAGGUUUUCUACGACUGGCUGGCCCUCGACCCUCGACACACCAUACUCUUCCACGCGGAGAGCGCCGCAGCUCUUCAACGGCUUCUCAUUCUCCUGUAUUCUUAUGCCUGCUUCUGCGACUCCAUGGAACGGUAG